AUUUGUUCAAAAUUUGAAUUACCGUUUUUCACUAUGUCAUUGUCAUCCAAAGAUAAUUUAAAAAAGGGUUCUACUCAAUUAAGCCAUAUAUGUGAUCUGAAUAUUAAAAAACAAUCAUCCCAGCGGCGUCUUGUAUCUAUUGUUGCAACUAUAUCGCGGGCGUCGCGUAAUAUCGAAACAAUUUAUAAUAUGUUAAUGAAGGGUGUCAAUAUAUUUCGCUUGAACUUUUCUCACGAGUCGCAUGAAUCCCAUACUCAAACUAUUGAAAUAGUUAAGAAAAGUCUUCAACGUAUAAAGAACGAGUUUGGUCUAACAGUUUCUGUAGCUUUUGCUGUAGAUACACGAGGGCCACAAAUUCGAACCGGAUUAUUGGAGGGUGGAAAUGAAAUUCUACUACGUAGUGGAGAAAAUAUACGUUUAUCUAUUAACCGCGAUCUUUACGACAAAGGAAGUAAAGAAGCCAUUUACGUGGAUUACCCAAAUAUUAUAAAUGUCGCGAAACCAGAGGAUCGCGUUUUUGUUGAUGAUGGAAAACUUUUUUUAACUAUUCUUGAGGUUGGUGUGGAUGGACUUGUUUGUGAGGUAGUUCAAGGAGGACUGCUGGGCCAUAAUUGCAAUGUAAUACUGCCUGAAGUGGAGAUAGACUUGCCUGCUGUGUCUGAAAAGGAUAUGGAUGACUUACAGUUUAGUGUAAGAUCUAAUAUAGACAUUGUCUUCGCAUCGGGUGUACGAAGUGCUAAGAAUAUAAGAGAAUUACGUUCCGUGCUUGGUGAUAAAGGCAAACAUAUUAAAAUAAUUGCGAAAGUGGAUAGCAAGAUUGCCUUAAGUCGUGUACCAGAAAUAAUGAAUGCAUCGGAUGGAUUACUUCUUAGUCGUGCUGAUUUAGGAACACAAAUCCCAAUCGAAAAAUUAUUCAUAACUCAAAAAUCAGUUUUGGGUCAAUGUAAUAAGGCUGGAAAACCUGUAAUAAUUGCAUCAAAUGUGCUUGAAUCAAUGCGUUUCAAUCCAUUUCCUACUCGUGCAGAAUGUUUCGAUCUUGCAAACGCAGUCAUUGAUGGGGUCGAUUGCAUUAUGUUGUCAUCUGAGGUUGCUAUAGGUUUAUAUCCUAUUGAGACUAUUGGAAUUUGUGAUACAUUGUGCCGCGAAGCAGAAAAAGUUGUCUGGUAUCGGGACCUUUUUGAGGAUUUAGUACAUGAAACACAGGGAGAAUUGGAUGCUUCUCAUUCAAUAGCUAUAACUGCUGUUGAAACAGCCAGACGUACCAAAGCUACCCUUAUCAUUGCACUUACAACAUCGGGACGAUCUGCGGCUCUACUAAGCAAAUUUAGACCACGUUGCCCAGUUCUUGCAGUUACUCGAUGUGAACGGGCAGCUCGCUGGGUUAAUUUACAUCGGGGUGUAUUACCACUACUUUAUCAGGUGGACUGUGCUGAAAAUUACGCUACUGAUGUUGAUGCACGCGUCAGAUUUGCACUAACCAGUGCUAAGAAAAGUGAUUUAAUUAGUGAUGGUGAUCCCAUAGUAAUUGUAAGUGCUUGGAAGGAUGGAGGAGGCUUCACAAAUAAUGUUCGGGUGGUCUAUUCAUUUUUUGAGGCUGAUCGCAUGGAGUGUUUGUUUCGUGCCGAUCAAAGCAGCUCAAAUAAAAACACUAUAUUACAAUCAAAACACGAAAAGACAGAUCAACAUAAAAAGACUUAG